GCAGACUUUCGGAAGUACAUGUCCAUGUGGGGAAGCGUCUCCGAGGAGGAAGCAUGGAAUCGGCGACAGAAAAGAGACGAAGAUGAGGGGCUGCGGAUGAUGUAUUUACUCAAUGCCGAGAGACGUUACCGAGAGCUCUUAUGACUGCAACAACUCCUUUGGUCCCUUGUACGAAUCUGCUUUUAUUUCUGUCAGAGCAAAUAUUACGUUGAUUUCCCGUGCUCUCGUAUCUUCGCUAUGGCUCCCAACCUGGUCACUCUGCUUGAUGGUCGCCAGUUGUCCUACGAUCUCUCUGGUCCGACCGAGGGUCCUAUUGUCCUGCUCUCCAACUCUCUGCUAGCCAACUAUACGACCUGGGAUCAUUUCGUGAAAGACCUUCACGCGCAGGGGUUUCGCGCCCUGCGCUACGACCAGCCCGGCCACGGCGCGUCUUCCGCGCCCAGCGACCUGAACACAACGACCUUUCUCACCCUGACUGCUGAUGUGAGUGCGCUGUUACAGGCGCUUAAGAUCUCAAAGGUCUAUGCCUGGAUUGGCAUCUCUAUGGGUGCUGCGACCGGUGCCAUAUUCGUGGUGCAGAACCCCGGUGUUGUCCAGAAGCUCAUUCUCUCCGACACCAUUACUUGCUCCCCGGGUAAUGCUGGCAUCGACGACCCUUUCGCUCCCCGCGUCCAGCUGGCAGAGACCAAGCCUAAGGCCGUCGAAGAGCUGACUGAGGGAACGUUGGCGCGUUGGUUCAGCGAGGAAUGGCGGGCUGCUCAUCCCGACGAGACGGACCGGAUGAGGCAGUUGAUGCGGACAACGAAGAGGGAAGGCUUUAUCACCUGUUGUCACGCAUUACGGCACGAAUCAUUUGAUCUCAGGCCAUACUUGAAGAACAUCGGCCCAGCUGUGGAGGAGACCUUGCUCAUCGUGGGUGAACAAGAUGCGAAUCUUCCAACGACCAUGGCGCAGAUGCGUGACGAGAUCCAGUCCGCAUCCAAAUCCCCCGUCGGUUGGGUGAUUAUCAAGAAGGCUGGACACGUUCCAGUUAUUGACAACCGCGACCAGUUUACUGAAGCCGUCUUUAAGUUCUUGAAAGGAGGUUCGGAUAGCCCCCGAUCCAAGGCUUGAUGGCCCAUAUGUAACUGAUAGCACGCACGACACUUUAUGAAUAUUGAUCUUUUGUUCAAUAAAUAGAAAUCGUCACUAUUCUAGAAAUUCUUCCUCUAUAAAAGAAAUAUAGUGUGUUGAGUAUUACCUGUACCCAGGUCUAAAGAAGCU